UUUCCCAGUGCUGUCGCAAAUUGCUGUGUCCUCUCUAGUGUUAUUUUCUACCUCUAUGGUUUGUGGAUUGAUUCGUAGAAGAAGCAAACGCGCAGGCAGAGGAAACUUCACAAAGUCCUGGAACACACGAGACCUACAGCGCCCUGACUCGAUGUCUGGAAGUCCAAGCCCAAGACGCAUUCAUUUAAAGUAUUCACCAAUGGAGUAUGAGAUAAAUGCCAUUUUCCACCAUGUUGAUGCCAGUCACAAACAAGCCUGUAGUGACCUUGAGAAGGCCAGCCAAUUCAUCACAGAAGCAUUGAAGAGUGAGGUCCAGAGGAACACAACCCUGCACAUGUUAAUCCAUCGUCUGGGAGAGAGGGCAGCUGAGAAUGGAAGGAGCCAAUCAGAGCAGGUGGAGUCAAACCGGCAGCUGAAGCUCCAGGUGGAUGAACUACAGAAACAACUGGAGAAGAAAGACGACUUUUUAACACAAGCCAAACAGAGUAUUGCAAUCCUGACGAAUGAACUGACAAACCUGCAACAGCAGCUGCAGAGCCACCAGAGUAGUUGCAGGACGAUUCAGGAAGUGACUGAAGGACUGCAGGAAGGAGAGAGCCAGGCCGAUGUGGUGAAAGAGGAGGACGGUCCAUUGCAGAAUGUAGACAUCUGCAUUAAAGAGGAAGAAGAGGACGCAGCUGUUGCUGAUGGAUACCAGUGUACUCAAUCUGAUGAAACUGACUCUGCCCCAGAACAGAUCACCUCUUCAUCUGCAGACAUUAAAGCUGAACCAGUACAGGAAGAAGAUGAAAAAUCAGAUGUGGCUCCAGUCGUCAGUUCAGACACGGCUCCAGUCGUCAGUUCAGACGUGGCUCCAGUCGUCAGCUCAGACCUGGCUCCAGUCGUCAGCUCAGAAGUGGCUCCAGUCGUCAGUUCUGCUAUGAGCCAGUUCCCUCCAGAUCCACUGUCCUUGGUUAAGUGCAGGAGGUUAUCAGUGCAAGUGGUCGAUUGCUGUGCAACACAAGGUCUCCAAACAAAUAAAGACCACAAGAAUAACACAGAUGUAGAAAACCCCAAAACUGGAACAGGAGGAGAAUCCCAACCUGCUUUGUCAGCUGCCCUCCCAGACACCACAUUGGAGAAGCAUCUCUGUUCUGGUGUUGACAAGAGCUUCAGUAACCUGAAAACUCUAAAAGCACACAAGCAAACCCAUCAAGGGAAGACACCUCAUUGUUCUGUCAUCGCAAAACCUUUCGCUACAAAGAGGUGUUUGAAGAAGCACCAGAGCAUUGAAGAUGGAGACGACCCCAAUCAGUGCAGACAGUGUGGGAAAAGUUUUAGUGCACCAUCACAACUUAAACAUCAGCUUACACAUACAAAAGAGAAACCCCAUCAAUGCGAACAGUGUAAGAGGCAUUUUCGGUACCCAAAAUCAUUGAAACGACACCAACUUACACACAACGGACAGAAAGCCCAUCAAUGUGAACAGUGUGGUAAAAGGUUUACACUGGCAGGGAGCCUCAAAGUACACCAGCUCACUCACACCGGAGAGAAACCCCAUCAAUGUGAACAGUGUGGUAAAAGGUUUACACAGGCGGCGCACCUCAAAGCACACCAGCUCACUCACACCGGAGAGAAACCCCAUCAAUGUGAACAGUGUGGUAAAAAUUUUACUCAAGCUGGGGACCUCAAAGUACACCAGCUCACUCACACAGGAGAGAGGCCAUACAGCUGUGAACAGUGUGGUAAAUGUUUUACACAGACGGUUAAUCUCAAAGCACACCAGCUCACUCACACAGGAGAGAGGCCAUACAGCUGUGAACAGUGUGGUAAAUGUUUUACAGAAUCAGGGAAUCUCAAACGACACCAGCGUAUUCAUUCUGGAGAGAGGCCAUACAGCUGUGGACAGUGUGGUAAAUGUUUUACAGACUCAGGGAAUCUCAAACGACACCAGCUCAUUCACACCGGACAGAAAGCCCAUCAAUGUGGACAGUGCAGUAGAAGGUUUACACGAGCGGUGCACCUCAAAGCACACCAGCUCACUCACACUGGAGAGAGGCCAUACAGCUGUGGACAGUGUGGUAAAUGUUUUACACAGGCGCGGCACCUCAAAGCACACCAGCUCACUCACACAGGAGAGAGGCCAUACAGCUGUGAACAGUGUGGUAAAUGUUUCACCCUGGCAGGGAGUCUCAAAGCACACCAGCGUAUUCACUCUGGAGAGAGGCCAUACAGCUGUGGACAGUGUGGUAAAUGUUUUACAGAAUCAGGGAGUCUCAAAAAACACCAGCUCAUUCACACCGGACAGAAACUCCAUCAAUGUAGACAGUGCGGGAAAAGAUUUACACACGCGGGGCACCUCAAAGCACACCAGCUCAUUCACACUGGACAGAAAGCCCAUCAAUGUAGACAGUGCGGGAAAAGGUUUACAUACGCAAGUAGUCUCAGAGUACACCAGCGCACUCACACAGGAGAGAGGCCAUACAGCUGUGAACAGUGUGGUAAAUGUUUUACCCAGACAGGGAGUCUCAAAGCACACCAGCGUAUUCACUCUGGAGAGAAGCCAUACAGCUGUGGCCAGUGUGGUAAAUGUUUUACAGAAUUGGGGAGUCUCAAAAAACACCAGCUCAUUCACACCGGACAGAAAGCUCAUCCAUGUGGACAGUGUGGGAAAUGUUUCACCCGGGCAGAUAAUCUCAAAGCACACCAGCUCAUUCACACUGGACAGAAACCCCAUCAGUGCAAACACUGUGAGAGGAGUUUUCGGUGCCCAGAAGCACUUAGACGACACCAGCUUACACAUACAUGAGAGAAACCAUACCAUUACACACAGUACAUAAGAGAUAGUACAGUACAUGUUGUUUUUAUUCUGGUUCUUGCAUUGUUUUUCUUUCAUCUAUAUGUAGCAUGUUGAGUGCUUGCGCCUUUAGGCGCGCUACUCUGUCCCCUACUUGAUGGCCGUCAGCUGAGCGGAUGCGCAAUUGGGUGUAUGUGAGCUUCUUUCAAAAGUACCCGUGUGCACAGAGAAGUACAGGACAUCAGGAAACAUAUAGAUGGGUUUCAUAUUCACAGUCUGCCUGCACACACCAACACGGGGCAGAAAGUUAUCUAUCACGAUAGAAAACAUUACGAAGCCCUGUUUCAAUCUAUUCUGUAUUACGUGUAGUCUACUAAUAGCUCUUUUGUGAAUAAAAGCAGCUGGUAGACACAGCACGUUCCCAAUCGUAAUAUUACGCGUUGAUCAUGAAAAAGGCAACAGCAAAAAAGUCCAAGAAAGCUCUUACCUACCACUGCACAUACAUGAGAACCCCCCUCCCCGUCAGUGCAAACAGCAUAUGACGAGCUCUGCUCCCAGACUUACUCCAACAACACCAGCUUAAGUACACAAGAGAGGAAGCCCAUCGAUGUCAACAAUAGCAAUAGCUGCCUUCGUUCCUGUUCUUGGAUUCUUGUUUCUGAUUUUGUAGCAAUGUUCACAUUGAUACAGCUAUGAUUACCUCUCGUCAUAACAUGAUCAACGCAACUACGCCCUGCACACAGCUAAAAGUUUAAGAUCUUUUUUGUUUUUAUUCUGGUUCUUGCAUUGUUUUUCUUUCAUCUAUAGAUGGGUUUCAUGUUUACAGUGCGCCUGCACACACCAACACGGGGCAGAAAGUUAUCAAUGACAAUAGCAAACAUUACGAGGUCCUGUUUCAAUCUAUUGUGUAUUACUUGUAGUCUACUAAUCGCUCUUUUGUGAACAAAAACAGCUGGUAGACACGGCACAUUCCCAAUCGUAAUAUUACGCGUUGAACAUGGAAUCUUGACCUAGAAGAAGGCAACAACAAAAAAAAGUCCAAGAAAGCUCUUAUUUUUCACCCUGGAUAAACCAUUUACAACCGUGACAAUCAGGGAGCAAUGGGGCAGGUGACAACCCUAGUGUGUAUGGGAUUUGAUCUGGACUACACAACACCCACGCAUGUAAACAGAUGCAUACCGUACAUGUACAGUACACAGACACAGACAUGCAAAUAGACAUACUGUACACGCAGACACACACAUGCAGAUAGAAUACACAGACACACUUUACACACACACACACACACACACACAGUACACACAUGCAAACAGAUGCAUACCGUACAUGUACAGUACACAGUAUAGACGCAGACAUGCAAAUAGACAUACUGUACACACAGACACACACAUGCAGAUAGAAUACACACUUUACACACACACACACAGAUACAGUACACACACACACAUGCAAACAGAUGCAUACCGUACAUGUACAGUACACAUAGACCACGUGUAUAUGGCACUGAUCUGGCCUAUAGUACGCACACACACACACACACACUAAACAUAGAGUAGACGUGCACUUGCAUUCUGCCCUGUCUAAGGGCUCCCUCUGGUGGAGAGUAUUGGGUGUUUCUAAGAUGCUCAAGGUCUAGAACCUUCUCAUAGCGUUAACACACACACACACACACACACACACACACACAUACACACACACACACACACACACACACACACACACACACACGGCUGACAAGGAAAGCCAGAGCAAGAGGUGGUGGGUGGGUGAUAAACGUGGCUAAACAUAGACUAGACUCCUCCAAUGUCUUUGUCUGUCCUCCAACAGGUAUUGAAUUAAACAGCACACCCCCCUUGUACCUACAGUACAAUGUAUAUGUGCGUGUCUCUGAGCACAACAAUACAGGCAGGCAGGCGGUUUCUUUUCUUUGAUUCAAAGUUGAUCAUGUUACUCAGUAAUGAUAAUGUUGUUCCCUGUUGUUAUUGACCACCUCCAGCGUGUACUGUACUGUACCCCGUACCUGGUGAAUGUUCAGGGGACACCUGCUGCUGUCCGUGGCACUGAAACCCUUCAUUUUCAAAUCUAUUAUUGGAAUUAUGCGCAAAAGUAUAUUUUCACGUUUUUUUUUUUUUAAAUACAUUUUUCCAUGUGUAGAUUCUCUCUUGUACCGGUAAAUUGUUCAUAAAGAGUAAAGAUGUAAGCAGACAAUCUGUGUUUAUGUUCAGAGCCAUUUAUUUAGGCAAAAACUUAUUUUCAACAUUCUUCAGGUUGACACUCAUGGUAUGAAAAACAUUGGGAAGGAAUGAGGAAUAUUGCUGACUAAAACUCCCAACAGUAGAGAAACACAGUAAAUUAGAAAUAAAGUAAGACAUGACAUGCAAAGGACAGAGAACACAGUAUCAUGAGUCGAGACACAAACGCCCCUUUCAGAAACAUUGUUUUCCAGUUACCUCGUGUACCAGGGCACAUACCAGUUGAAGUACUUUACUCCUCAUAGCAGUUCACUUAGGGCACAUACCAGUUGAAGUACUAUAUUCCUCAUACUAGUUCACUUAGGGCACAUACCAGUUGAAGUACUAUACUCCUCAUACUAGUUCACUUAGGGCACAUACCAGUUGAAGUACUAUUGUUGGAGUAAUUGUACAUAAAUUAUCCACUUUGACUAAUUAUUGGCCCAGGCUUUAAGUCAGGGCAUAUAUGUGUACUUACAUUGUGAAUGUGUCAUUUGUCUUCCUCUGUGCCCGCGGGCCAGAGAGAGAGAGAGAGAGCAGGAUGUUCUUCAACAGUAGCAAACGUUCCCUGAUUAGGGAGGAGAGGAAGACAAGGUCACAUUCAGUCUGUUUCAACUCAAUAACAAGAUAUGACUGCUAAGAAAUAUGCUACUGUGUAAACUGGUUUCAACUGGCUUAGCUAACCAUCCCCUCCCCUUAGCAGUUGAAACCACUAAUGUAACCAGGGUUUUCCUUCAAUAAAGACGCGAGGAGAAGGAGACUGUUUUCAGAGUGAGCUAGGACAUUGUAACUGAUUGCAGUCUCCUGGCCACCCUCCUUGCAAGUUUUAAAGGUAACUCAAGUUAUCUGUGUCUCUUCUGUACAGGUUGUUAGAGAUUAAUGUUGGUUGUUUAAACCUAACAACUAUACUCCUCAUACUAGUUCACUUAGGGUACAUACCAGUUGAAGUACUA